ACAUUUUUUUUUUCGAAGUUCAAGAACAUAACCUCACAUAGCAGUAUUCGUUCGUAAUUGCAGGAAAUUGUAGGGUAUGAGGCGAAGAUUUUUAUGAAAUACCUUUUUUUUGCAAAUAAAUCAUGACGCUUAUAAGGAAUGCGUGCGUGGCCGUGAAGUGGCUGCCGAGCGUGCAGCCGGUGCGGUUCUCCCGCCGACCCAACAUCCAGCGGCCCCGGGAGCCGCACUACGAGAGGGCCAGGGUGAUCGACGUCUGCCGGCCCGUGUUCCCCAGGAAGACCGAAGUUGCCCCCAUGUUCGAACUGUGCCAGAAGCCAGCUGAAUCGCUAAAGUCAAACACGAUAUCCCUGGAGAACCCGUACUUCAGAUUUCUUGCCAGAGACUUCAUGAACAAUAUGAAACACAGCAAAAUGGUUGCAUUUGUGCAUUUAAAUUCUAUGACAGCGGAGGAGAAGUUCAAGGUGGGAGUGCAACUAAAGAAACAGAACAUGUACGUGAAAGCGUACAACCGCAACAUCGUGAGGCUGGCGGUCGAGAACACGAGGUACGAAGCGAUACUGCCCCUCUUCGAGAGCCAGAGUGCCAUCGUCUUCAGCCCGGAGGUCCAGGUCAAGAAGUUGCUGAAGAUAUUAAGGAGGGCGCCUAAUUACGUUUUGUUGGCGGGGAUCGUGGACGGCCAGCAGCUGAGCAAGCCGGAGCUGGUGCGGUACAGCCAGCUGCCCGACCUAGCGGCGGCGCGGGCCGGCCUGGUGAGCGCCGUCAACGCGCUCGGCGCCGGGCUGCUCGGGAGCCUCUGCGCCCACCAGCAGGCGCUGGUGAGGCACCUGGACCAGCACGCAGAGAUGCAGGGCCGGCCGCCCGCGGAAGAAACCCCCACUUCACACGCUAGCGGCGUUCCGGAGUAAACAAACUUGGAACGAAUGUAUGGAAAUGGCAAAUAUUCAUAUGUCCAUUUUAAAAAAAUGAAAUAUUUAAUUGUUAUUUAAUAAAAAAACUUUAUAACUA